AAAUAUUACGAGACUAGUGAUCUCUUGAUCGGACCAACUCAAAAGAAAAAUUAACAUAAACUCCCAAUAUAGAUUAGGAAAUUAAGAGUAAUAGAAGCCCAGAAGUAUUUUAAGUUGAUCAACUUUUAGAGCAACUCAGCCAAUUACCCAAAAAACCCAACCCCACAAACAACUUCUAUUGGUGAAGAAUUUGGAUCAAAACCAUAAACCCUACUAAAAUGUUGAGCAUAUAAUCUCAGUUUCUGCAAUAACAGAAACCUAAAGAAUAAUCAUCAACCCAAAUUUACUCAUAAUUUUCUGAAAAUGGGCGGAGGAGGAGCCAAAGAAGAAGAACAAGAUGGAAUGUCUGUACACUCUCCUUGCAAGGCUCCACCUUCCUCUGCUUCUUCUCUCUCCAAGGAGCAAUCACAAGCAGAAUUGGAGCUUAGAUUUUUGGAGGCACUUGAAAUUUACCCUCCUGGAAAAUUGAAAGGCAUUCAUCGUCACUUCGUCCUUUAUGGUGUGAUGGAGUUUCUCCGAAGAAGCUUUGAUCGCCAAUUCUCUUCUGAAGAGGUUAUGCGCUUGCUUGACCGUUUCUACAACUUGGAGAUGCUGGUAAGCAAGCUGUUGAGGAUGAAUUUACUCAGUCAGUGACUGAUGGGAGAGAGGAGAUGAUGAAGAUGCAGAAUUCCCGCAUUGUGAGGAGGAGUUCUCUUUGCCACAAAGCUAUUUUGCAAAGGAUGAAUCUUAAACAACUAAACUAGAUGAACAUGUACAUUUUUGUUUUAGUUAAUAGCUCAUCAACAUUGUCAAUCUUGAAUCAAAAUUUUGAAUCUAUCCUAUUAUAUCAUAUCAUAUCAUAAGCACUUCCUGUAAAUUGCCGUAAAAUGUGCUCAUUCUGUUAUCAUUCACAAUGAAGGGUUUGUUCCAUGGCUUUAUCCCAAUGUUUGAGGUGGUUUUCA